CUAGCAUUCGACAUAGACACAAGAUGACGUCUCAAAAAGAACCAUCGCCUGAACCAGAGUUACCACCUGAGGGAGGCCUUCACGGUUGGCUUGUUGUGGUGGGCGCCUUUUUGGCUCUAUUUGGUUCAUUCGGCUUUUUGAAUGCAAUCGGUGUCUUUCAGACCUACUAUCAGGAAAACUCCCUCUCCAACUACACAGCUUCGGAUAUUUCAUGGAUCUUCGCAGUCCAAUUGGCUCUGAUGUGGAUUCCUGGUCCUCUGUUUGGACGAUUGAUCGAUACCUAUGGACCAGCUCCAGUGUUGUACCCAUGUAGCCUUUUAUGCAUCUUUGCACUCUGCAUGACCAGCCUGGCAGACGAAUAUUAUCAGGUCUUCCUGGCACAGGGCCUUGGAUUUGGCAUUGGUGCAGGUGGUGUAUUUACUGCGGCUAUGCUUUGUGUGGGCCAAUGGUUUAUUCGACAGCGAGGACUAGCAACAGGAAUUGCGAGUGUUGGAAGUAGCCUGGGGGGGGUCAUAUUUCCAAUUUUCCUUGAUCGAGUUAUAGCAGAUGUGGGCUUUUAUGGAGCAGUACGGUAUACAGCAUUGCUUGUUGGGGUUACUCUGGUUAUUUCAUGCUUUUUGUUGCGGGCACGUCUGCCGCGCAAAAAAUGGGAUGGCAAGGCCAAAUGGUUCGACAUGUCACUGCUGAAGGAGAAGCAGUUCGCUUUCUAUACCCUGGGGGCAUUUCUCGGAAUGUGGGGACUAUGGGCACCGUUCGACUAUAUCUCGAGUAUGGCCAUCAAUUCGGGAUUUUCUUCAACGCUCGCGCUAUAUUUGAUCUCACUCAUCAAUGCCACGUCGGUUCCGGGCCGGAUCCUCCCGCCUCAUCUAGCAGAUCGAAUUGGUCAUUUCAAUGUGCUCACCAUUUCCUCCUUAUGCAUAUCGGCUUCAAUUCUUGCUCUCUGGCUACCAUUUAACUAUCAUCCCUCACAUGCUGGCAUCAUUGUCUUUGCCUUGGUCUACGGAUUCGUUAGCGGUGCUUUUGUUUGCCUGCUCAUGCCAUGCGUAGCCAAAGCUGGCAGCCUUGAAACUCUGGGCACGCGAUUCGGUACUUUUCAAAUGAUAAUUGGCGUGAGUUGUUUAACUGGUCUGCCCAUUAUGGGAGGCAUCUUGAAUCGUCAAGGAAGUACCGACUACUCUGGACUACAGCUAUUUGGCGGGGUUUCAUGUCUGCUGGGAACAUGUGCCAUUGCAGCCGCGACGUACUUUUUGGGAAAUCUUCGCCAGACCAGGAUAAUCUGACGCAAUCACACCUAAGUCGAUACAUACAAGCAGUUUAGUGGGGCUUCAUGCGGGUGAGCGGCAGCUGCAGGGGUUCAGAUCCUUCUGGGAAUGAGGAUGCGUGAUGUUCUUUUCGGUCCAGGUGUUUGCUAGGUGGAUUAGAGAAUACAAAAUAGUAGCAAAAUGGGAGUUGAUGGAGAGUGUGGAUUUCCGGAUAGCUAAGCUAGAUAUAGCUGGUGCGUGCCGAAUAUAAAGGUCGGAGUCUAAACAAGCGCUG